AUGUUUAAUAGUAGCUCUUUUAAUUUUGGCUACAAUUCCGCCGAAAUGACGGCCAUUUUAAAGUCUGAUGGGGGUAUCACUAUGUAUGUGUCAUGGAUGAGCCCAUUUUCUCCCUUAAUACACAGCACAGUUCAUUUUUGCAAAUCUAUUCAUUCUCAAACAACAAAGCGGUUGCUGUCUAAUGUGGAUAAUUCAUUGUUUUGCAAUGGAGAUUCAAUCAGUAUGGAUUCUACAACUAAUUACCUAACUAUAUGCAAAAUUGCAGCCUUAUACAACAAAGAAUUGGCACCAGUACAGUUAUUAGAGAUAUCUAAAUUAUAUUCUUCAAGUCCUGACUCAAAAAUAAAUUUGGCACUGUAUAACAAACUUACUGGAUUAAAUAGGCAAUCUGAUAGGGUUGAAAUCGAUGAUUUACUAAUCAUUUUGCAGUCAUUAUCCAACGCAAAUAUAAGAAAUUAUGAUGAGUUUUCAUUUUGCAGUGAAGUUAUCAAGAGAAAGUUGAACAAGAUGUACAAUAAGCAGCUACGGGAAGGUGAAAUUAGGAAAUAUAAACCGAAUAAGGAUGGCUUAUUUGCCAUAUUUUAUGUGUUUACAAAUGCCAGAAUCCUUCAUUUUCCUUUGUUUGAGAUUCUAUGCAAGCUAUAUAUGUCAUUUGUAAAGGAUUCAAAUUGGUAUGAAUUGGAUACAAUUGUUAAAUGUUUAGCAAUGCACAAACAUCGCAAUCAAACAUUAUUAAAUGAGAUCCAGUCAGCAAUUGCAACCACAUGCGACCAAAUUACUCCUGAAACUGCAACUAGACUGUUGUAUAAUUACUCUCUUUUAUCUAAAGUAGACGAACCACUUCUAAAUUCACUAGAGAGGCAUAUAUAUCGCGUAACAAAUGCUACAAAAACUAGGGGGCAAUAUGUUGAGCAAAUAAUUAAUAACAAAAUUGAAUUGGAUAAUUUCAGCGCAGGGCUAAUUUUGUACAGUUAUUUGUUGCUUAAAUUGAUUGAUUAUAAAUUAAUUGUCAAGCUUCUAGAGUUACAAAAGGAUUUUUUGCAGAAACUACCUGAAGUAAUUGAUACUUUAACCGUUAAGGAGUUGGCACAUGGGAAUAGAUUGUAUUUCAUAAGAUCAUACCUAAGAGUAUUACAUAAGGAAUUUUACAGAGAACUGCCUAUAGAAAUACGGGUAUUGCUUAGAAAUUUGACACUGAUAAAUCCUAACAAAUUUGACAUUAAGGAAAGAGUUUUCCAGCAAAAAGUUUCGUGGCAUCUUACAAAAAUGAGAAUUGCACAUUCACUAUCAGUAUACAGGAGUGGGUUGAAUUUGGAUAUAGUGGAGAGGGAUAAACGGGUGGUAUGGCAAUGCAAUUCUUACCACCGUUUCUAUGCAAACUCUUUUAAACUCACAGCGCAAGUGGAAUUGGAGCAUGAAUUGAUCAGAUCUCUUGGCUAUUGUAUAGUUAAUAUCCAGAUUAAGGAUACAAGAUUUGCAUACCUUCGCAUGGCAAGAUACUACGCAUUGCAAGAUCAUAGGGAAUUUGACAAAUCUUUAAUGGGUUGGAAUUUGCCUUAUUUGUGGAAGAAUAGUAAAAAGUCCCGUAUCAUGGCAAAUGUAUCCUACGCGUACAACUACCAACCUCUCAGCCAUUCACCCUAUACCCACUGA